AUGUCUGAAGUAAUGGUGAUCCUUGAGAUUGCACUGGCGUCGCAUGAGCGUAAAGGAAGAUCAUGGGGAAUAAUCACAAAGGCGCUUCAGGGAAUUGAACUUGUGCCUAUGGUGAAGUGGUGCAUGUGUGCCGAGUGUGAGAAAAAGGAGAGGGCAGCCCCUUUGGGGGUUGCAGGAUACACCGGCCGUGAGAUCUAUGAGAACUGGUUUCUGAAUUACGAGAGCUGGUGUCUGAACUAUGAGAACUGGUUUCUGAACUAUGAGAACUGUUUUCUGAACCAUGAGAACUGGGAAACGGAGAAAUCGUUGAUUUUGUUUUGUAAAUACAAUGGAUUGUGUGCUGGAAUAAAGUUGUCUCGGUCGUCGAGAAUUGGAGAUUUUAUGAAGAUAUUGUGUGGCAAGUUUAGUGAGUUGAGAAGACACUCAUUGCAACUCUUUUAUGCUAUACGUGAUCAUCCUAGUACCAUGUUAUAUAAUGAUGAAGAUUUGGAGGUGAUGUUUGCUGUAGUUGAUAGUAUUGGAUUGAAUUGCAUUGAAGUUACAGUAGUAGAUAGUCGUGGUUUUGAUAGUGGUAUUAGUGGGUGUGGUGUUGAUGUUGGUGCUAAUAGUAGUGGGGUUUUCGAUAGUGGUGGUGCUAGCACUAGUAAGGGCAUUUGUUUCAGUGGGCAAGGGUUAGUCGGCUAUCGGUUGGAAUCAAUGGAAUAUGUAGGUAAAGAGGAUGAUUUGGGAGCUAUGUUUUGCCCGCAUCAGCAUCGGCCAAGGUUGUCUGACGCGUGGAAAGAGCUUAUUAAAAGUGUUGGUCAGUUGUUUGUCGGGGGUUCGGAAGGUUUUCGUGAUGCAUUGCGAAAAUAUUCAAUUGUUCAUUCUUUUGAGUUUGACUUUGUAAAGAAUGAAACAGAGAGAGUGACUGCAGUUUGUAAGGUAAAAUCUUGCAAGUGGAAUAUCUAUGCUAGACUUGACAAGGUCAGUGGUUGCUUUUACAUCAAAAGGUAUUAUAAUGUUCAUUGUUGUGGUGUUGCUGGGCGUACGACAAAGAACUGUCAUGCUAAUUCAUCUCUGAUUAGUCAAUUGAUAAAGGAUGAUGUUCGAAACAAGUCAAAGAAACGUCCUGUUGAUGUUGUUGAUGAUUUGAAGGAGUAUUAUGGGGUGGAUGUGUCAUAUAAUCGUGCUUGGUUAGCUGUCCAGAAAGCCAAGUCAAAUGCAUUUGGAGAUUAUUCAGAUUCUUUUAAUCAACUUCAAUGGUAUCGUAAUGUUGUUCUGAAUUCGGAUCCUUUAAGUGUUUUUGAUGUUGAGUGGGAUCAAACCACAAAUCGUUUUUUGAGGUUGUUUGUAGCAUUUGAUGCAUGUGUACAAAGAUUUAAGCACUGCAGGCCUGUUUUAUCCGUUGACGCAACGUUCUUGAAGGCAAGGCAUAUGGGAUGCUUGAUGUCUGCUUCAGCUAAAGAUGGUCUAUUUCCAUUGUGCUUUGGUGUGGUUUAUUCUGAGAAUAAUGAUAAUUGGCUUUGGUUUAUGGAGAAGUUGCAUGGUAUUUUGGAUGAAGACAGAAGGGUUUUUGUUUUUAUAUCUGACCGUCACAGAGGAAUAAAAGAGGGUAUUGCUAAGGUGUUUCCUUCAAGCUUUCAUGCUUACUGUCUCUAUCAUUUGAAGGGUAACUUGCGUACUGCUUUGGCGUCCACAAAUGUCAAGUAUAAAGAGAGUUUGAUCAGAGUGUUUUCAAAAUGUGCUUAUGCUCCCACUGUGGCAAAGUUUAAUCAGCAUAUGGGUAAUUUGCUGAAACACGGUGGUGCAGCUGUUGUUCAUUUUCUGUCGGAGUUGCCUAAUGAGCGCUGGGCAAAUGUUUUUUUUCCGGGGCAACGUUAUGGAACAAUGUCCUCUAGUCUAGCUGAGUGCUUUAACUCAUGGAUAUUGAAAGAGCGUGAAUUGCCCGUGGUGGAUAUGGUUGAUCGUAUAAGGAAGAAGGUGAUGAAAUCAAUGUGUUUGAGGAGAGAAAGGACAAGUAAAUUGGAUCAGGUGAUUUGUCCUUAUGGGGAGUCUCGGUUGGAGAAGUUAUAUGAUUUAGUUAAAACAUGGAAAGUGAUUCCUUCAAGUGCUGAUAUAUUUGAAGUUGACACGGAUCCGUCUGUGUAUUCAAAACCAAUUUACCCAGUUGCGUCAUUGUUGAAAGGUGAUGUGGUUGAUUGUGGUACUAGUAUUCUGCCACCAUUGUCAAAAAAGCCUCCAGGGUGGCCUAAGAAGAAGAGGAUUCGUUCGAAUGGGGAGAAGGUUAGAGAAAUGAAGUGUGGUAGGUGUGGGAAGAUGGGGAAUCAUAAUAAACUUACUUGUAAGGAGGAUUUGAGGCCUGGUUUUUAG